UUAGUUCUGGUUAAAGAAGAGAGAGAAAAGCAUUUUCUAGACUCUCUAAAUAACUUUCAUCGCUAAAUAGAAAACUGCGGGGGGAAGACCCAGGCGCAAAUCGAUCAGGGAAAGUUUGAUGAACUUGGAACUGGGCGUGGCCAACCAGCUAUAACCAACACUAGAACCUUUCGCCGCUUAUUCCAGCGUCUUCCAGCAAUCUGUCCGGAUCUAAGAGACGAUGUCUGCACCGCCGAAGAAGAGGGAAAUCGCCCUAGAGGAGAGGAGCAGCGAUGAAUCUGACAAUUCUUCCGAAAAUGAAGAAGGAGGAGAAUACACUGGUCAACAAGAAAUACAAGUGGAAUUCGAAGGCCGAAACCCCAUCGAUUCUGAUUUUCACGGAAUAAAACAACUUUUACAACAGUUGUUCCUUAAAGCUCAUUUGAACCUUUCUGCAUUGACUGAGUUGAUCAUUGGACAAAGCUUUGUUGGGAGUGUUGUGAAGCAAAGUGACAAUGAAUUGGAAGAUGAAGAUGAAGAUGAUCCAAAUGACGUUUUUGGAAUUACAACGGUUGUUAAUCUCACUGAAAAACAGAACAUCGAAUGCAUAUCACAAUUGAGAACACUUUUGGUGGAAUUGAGUACUGAACAUGGAACAGACCGUUGCAGUACGAUGAUAAGAACUUUACUAUCAGAUAGUUCCAAACCACUCGGUCUUGUAAUUAAUGAGAGGUUCGUUAAUAUCCCUGCACAAAUAUCUGUUCCUCUUUUGGACUCGUUAUGCAAAGAAAUAAAGAAAGCUUGCGAAAAGAAGAUGGCCUAUGAUUUUGCUUAUUACAUAUUCAUUUGUAAAUUGUAUAAAGUUGAUGGUAAGACCAAAGGAAAGAAGAAAAAUAGAAAAGGACAGAAUCCUAUUGAAGAGCAGGAUGUUAUUUGGUCCAAUCCGGAAGAGGAACUUCUGGAUGAAGUUGCUGACAUGAAGUUUGAAUUCAGCGUCAAGAAUGAAACCGACUCUGGUCUGAGUGGAAACUGGCUCGAGGACGACAUUUCUAUGACACCUUUUCGUAGAGUUGUUUUGUUAGAUGCUAAAAAACUCGAACCCCUUGUAUCCAGGAUUCAAGAGUUCGUCAAUCGCUAAAAUUUUGUUGUGCUAAUUCUUAAAGAAGACUCAUGCUAUUCUGAAAUAAUAUUGUUUUAAGUUUUAAGAAAUAUAGAUUUAUAUUAUUUUCAUUUUUAAAAACAUUUUAUGACAGUAUUUCUUAUGCUUCUAGCUUCUAUUAAUUAAGAUCUGAAUUCCUUUUUGUGCUGCGAAUUGCAGUGAAGUGAUAAACGUAAUCCCUAAAAGACUAUUAACUUUCAUAUGAUACGUACAUAUAUAUUUAUAUAAUCAAAUUGAAGCAAGAUUUUUGGGAUACUUUUGUACUUUUUUCUAAUUUAGAGUACUUUUUGUAAUGGUAGAAUUUAGGUUGAAAGGUAUAGAUUAAUCAAGACUGGUUCUAGUAAAAGAUAAUUUUCUUGCCUUUAGCCUGACCGUUUACGUAUACUUUGAAUUAGUAGUUAUUGUUUUGUUUCAUAUUGAGUUCUUUCAACUUCUGAUGAUAAAUAUGAGAUUGCUAAGAAUAUGUUAUGUGAUAAAAUUAUUCCAUUCUACUAAAUAUUUGGUCAUGUUUGUUUUUAUUCUUAUUUUUAUGAUCAGAACUUGUUGAUAUAAUUUUUAUUUUAGUGUUUGAUUAGAUGUUGUGUUUCUCGAAGUAAUACUUAAUUAUUUACAGGGCAUUAUGCUAAUCGUAGAAACUUAUGUUUUUUUUUU